AUUGAUUUACAUGGUUAUUUUACAUCUCUCACAAUAUUUACGGUAUAAAUUUUUAAACUUUCCAUUCAUUUAAACUCAAUAAUCAAACAAAAUUUUCGCAUUCAUAGUUAAUAACUCUAUAGAAGAUACAAAUAUACCAAAAUCAAUUGUCAGUUCACAUAUUGAAGCAUAUUGGAAUUCAAAGAAACGUUUCAGUGGAAUAAUGGAACUUCCAUCGUGUCCUAGUGAAUCUGUCAGUGAAAUGUAUUUUGAUGCAAUGGAAAAUGUUCAACAAAUUAAUUCUCAAAAUGUUCAUGCAUCACAGUUAUCACAAAUAGAUAAAUGUGAAGUGAUUAAAACUUCAUUUAAUCAAAAAUCUACUUCAUCCUCAUCGUAUUAUACUGCUGAGGAACCAAUAGAUGAGAUUGGAAAAGAUCAAGCUCCAUCUACAAAUCUGUUCGAAUCUUAUUCAACAUUGGAUGGUGUACAGACUCCGUUUUCAGAGGAUCAACAAUCUCUUGCAGACUUCCAAAUGUCUCCUGAAAAUCGGGGAAAUCAAACUCAACCAUUAACAACUACAUCUACUAAUAUGACAGGAACUGAUACUUUAGCUAAACAGUUAACGGUUAAUGCUGGUGAACAAAUUCAGUUCAAUGCAUCAUUCACUAUUACUGGUCCAGUUGCUUAUGAAACAACUUGGUAUAUGAAUGGCGAACCAAUGAAACCUGAUAUAGGUGCUGAAAUGAUAUUGUCGGAUCGUGAUACACGUUUACUUAUAUCAAAUGCUGAUCCUUUGAUACAUUCAGGAACAUAUUCAUGUCGUUGUCGUCUUUUUGAGGGCACUGAAACUGCUGUUUAUUUUUGUGUUAAUAUACUAACAGCCAAACUAGAUAGCAAUGAUGCAAAUGAUAAUGAAUCAGAUCAGCUGAAACUAACAAAUUUUAUGCAGGCUGAUUUAUUUCAUCCAUUUACCAAAGAAUUAGAUUUACCAAUAGGUAAACUUUUAGAAAUUCAAGUUAAGAUUGAUGAAGAAACUGUAUUGAAACAAAUGGAGAAUAAUAAUAAGGAAAAUAUUCAAGUUAAUUGGUAUCAAAACUCAACACUAAUUGAACCUAGUUCAACGUGUGAAAUGCUCAAAAUUAAUGACCAGUUUAUUUUACGAUCAACUACAAAUAAUUUACAACCUGAUAAGUUAUACAACUACACAUGUAUGUUAAGACUGCCUGAAAAUUCUUCUAUGUCUCCAGCACCAAGUAUCACCAUACCGGUAAGUUUUCAUUGUCCAACAGUUAAAGAAUUAGAAACUGAAUUGAAGAACUGUACCGACAAAAAUAAGGCAGACAAAGAAGCAUCAAUAACAAAGACAAAGAAAGAUGAUAUGGAAGGUAAAGAAGGCAGCAUGAAUAAAACGGAUGGAGAAGGAUAUAAAAAAGAGAGCAAAGAAGGGAAGGAUGAAAAGAAGAAGAAUUUAGUACCAACAAAGGAUCAAGCGGAAAACGGAAUGAAAACGAAGCCAGUCGGAGAUGUUGAAUUAAAGCCUGAAUCAGAAACAUCUCAGAAGAAGAAUAUCAGGGGCGUAACAGAACAAACAGAAGACACAGGACAAGGGGAAGAAAUCAAAACGGUCCUAGAAACCGAUUCCGAAAUGAAGAGGGUAGUUGGAGAAUUUAAUAGGGAAGAAAAAGAUAGUGAAGAAAAUAAAGUGGAUGUUAGAGUAGGUGACACAGCUGAGUCACUCAGUGACGAGAAGAGAGAAGAAGGAAAGAAUAAAGUGGAGAAAUCCGACGAAAUACAAACUUUAGAUAAAGGUAAAAAGAGAAGGGUAAGUAGAUCGACUUGGAAGGAUGACAAUAAGGACAGUGAAAAGCUAGUUAGUCAAAUCUUAGUGGAAAAUGAAGUGAACAGAACAAAGCAAACGCUGGAAAAAGAAGAUAAGUUAGAUGACCAAAAUCAGAAGGAAGUAAUCACUAGUGAAGCAGAAGAAUUCCCGGAACACCAUGAUGUAAAAGACAAGAAUAAGACUGAGACAGUGAAAGCAGUACACAAUCAAAUUACAAUAGAUUUCAACAAUUCAGAAAGCACAACAUCUCAAAAUAAACAAACUUUAAUUGAUCAGGUAACGAUCAGUGGAUUAGAACUUAAAUCAGUUAAAAAGGAUAAAAAGAAAGAGAAAGAUGGCGAGACUGGCCAAGAGACUAAAAAGAAGAAGAAAAGUGACGGAAAGAUAGGAAUGGAUAAUACUGAAUCGAUUGUUAGUACAGAAUAUCCAACAGAAAAUCAUGUGAACAACAAACCAGAAUCAUUUAAGGAUUAUCAACAAAUUAAUACAGAAUCAUUUCAGAAGCCACAACGUCGAGAAAGUAAGGCAAAGAAGCAUGGAAAAGAUACAAAGAAGAAUAGAUCAGUUGCUGAUACUACUAGUACUACUAGUACUACUACUACUACUACUACUACUACAGGAGAUGAAGAAGAUCUAGCUAAAGAUUACAUAAAAAACAAGGAGGGAAACGAACCGAAAACACAGAUGAACCUGGUUGGAGUAGAAAUUGGCAAAAACAAUCAGGAAGUACUUGAUACGAUGCCAACAACCGAUGCUUUACAGAAUGAAGCAGAAAAUAGAGAAAAACAAUGGAAAGAGGAAAAGAAAAAGAAACGAGAAAAAUCGAAAAAUAUUGAUAAGGAAAAUGAAGAUAAUUAUGUUAGCACUAGAAGGCAAUCAAUAGUCGGCGAACAAGAUCCAAACAAAAUAGAACUGAUUGAGGACCAGAAACAAGUAGAAAAACGUAAGAAGCAUCGAAAAUCAAUAACAGAAGUUGAUAAAAAUGACGUACAGUGUGAACCAUUAGAAGCUGAAGAAAAAUAUAUGGAAACCAACACUAUGGAUGAUGACCAAAGUGAAGAAAAGAAAGUCAAAGAAGAAUAUAAGGGUAUGGAAUUAAAAUCCGAUUUAAAAUUAAAUAACAGUGAAAAACAAGAUAUUCCUAAUGACCAAUAUAAAACAAAUGAAUAUGAUACUGCUUAUUUAUCACCAAUAAAAGAUCUUGAUCAUGAUCAUGAAGAUGAUAAUAAUAAUAUUUUUUCUACUGAAUUAUUAUCAAAAUAUAUUUGUAAACAAGGUGAAACAUUGAAAUUAGCUGUUGAAUUAAAAAAUAAUGUAUUUGUUAAAUAUUUUGAAUGGUUAGUAAAUGAAAAAAUGAUUGAUCCUGAAUCAACUGCCGAUUUUGUUGUAUGGCAAACUGGUAAUUGGAUUGCAUUGACAAUACCAAAUGUUAGACCAGAUUUAACUGGAACUUAUAAACUACGUGUUGUUACUCCAUCUGGUGAAUAUUAUACAACAGGUGAUCUGUCAGUGAAUGGACAAAAACUACAAACGAAACUAUAUAUCCCAUCACAAGUAGAAGGACUUAAACCAUUAUUUACCAAGAAACUUCAAGAUUACACCGCUGAAGUGAAUGAAACGGUUAGAUUUAGUGGACGUUUAGUAGCUGAGCCACCUGCCACAAUUAUUUGGAAACAUAAUGGUAUUCAAAUUGAAAACAACAAAAGAAUUGAAAUCUAUAAUGAUAAUAUUAAUCCAUUACUUAUUAUACAGAAUGUAAAAGAUGAAGAUUAUGGUGAAUAUAUAUGUUCUGCAUCAAAUGUACUUGGUCAAACUGAAACAAAAGCAGUUUUAUAUAUACAAAGUACUUUAUAUGAACCCAAUAGUUACGAGCAUGAUACAACUGAACCGUACGAGUCUACUGCUAGACCAACACGGUGUUCAGUUUUGCCGUCAAGAGUAAGUAAUAUUGAACUAAUUGAAGUAAACGAUGAUGGUUUCAAGAUUGCCUGGGAUCCACUAAAUGAACAAGUGACAUAUAAUGUCGAAAUUAGUAAUGAUGCAGGUCGAUGGUGGAAACCUGUACUAACCAACUUACACGAAGUUUCAGCUUACAUCUCAAACGACGUUGCGUGUCCUUUGAAUCCCGUACAAGUAAGGAUAGUAGCUGAAAAUGAAUUUGGCCUUGGACCACCUUGUUUCCCGGUACUUCGUUUACCUAUACGAGCAUGUCUUCCUCACAUGCAAGCAGUUAAACCAGAGGUUGAAUCUGAAGAAGCAACGGCUAUUAAAAUUCGAUGGUGUCCAGCAGUGCCUGCACUUACACCAAACCAACUGCACAAGAAUGUUACGUUAAAUCCAUCGCAAUUACUUGGUAAAGUAACUUACGCAGUUGAGAUUAGGGAAGGAUCUCAAUCAGAAUGGUGUAGAGUGGCAAGUGAUAUACCUUUUCGAUCCUACACUUGUCACUUACGACCUGGCAUCAGCUCUGCUAUACGUAUUGUUGCGAAAAAUAGAUAUGGCGAGUCCUGUCCCACUCCAAUGGCAAUAGUUCAACUCGAUCCUAAUUCAUUAGUUCCGGAUUUAUCACUAGAUCCUCCAUGGAUAGCAAUAAGCCACCCAGGAGAUAACAUCACAGUAAAGAAAAGUAAUAUUCGACUCCUAUGGAAACCUGCAUACAUGCCAGAGUUCUGUACCAGUUGUAUAAAAGGACUAAAACCUUUGUAUCGAGUUGAAUGGAGGCGUGGAUUAUCUGGACAUUGGGUUGAUUUGGCCUGUGGCAUUAGUGAAUGUGAGACGGGUUAUCCUCUCCCAAGAGAUCUUGUAGAAUCCGUGAUUAGAGAAACUCAUGUGGGAAAUGACUUGUCUUUUAACACUGCCAAUUCUAAUAGUUCCAUUGAAUUUCGGAUAUUUUCUUACAAUGAUUUCGGUGAAAGUGGUCCGACUAAAAGCUACAGAUUGAAAGCAUCUCAGAUAUCUAGAGGUCAAGACUGUCGAAAAAAUAGUCAGAUAUCAGAUAAAAUAAAUGACAGGGAUCAAUACGACCACCUAAGUCUUUUGGAUAAGCUGCCGAUUAUUUCAUCCAGUAAGAUACCAAGACGAGAGGUUCAAAUGAUGUCAGUCGAUCCCAAACUGGGUGUCACGCUCAAGUGGGAUCGUUGUACAAGUUCAGAUAUAAAUAAAAGUUCUGAUGAUCACUAUAACUUACUUGGUCGCUAUCGAAUUCAACGUAAAACUUCAAAUGACGCUGACAGUAAUUCCUCACCUGAUAUGUCUAACUGGACAGUAGUUUGUAGAGAAGACGAUCUAAUUCAUGGUGAACAAUAUGUUCUUGAUGUGAAACCGGGUAAAACAGAACAGUUUGUUAGGAUUCUUAGUUUACAAGAAGAUAAAGAAGGCAAUUUAAAUUGGUUGGAUACCCAUGAAAUUCUUCGUAUACCAGCGUUACAUGAAAUCUGCCCUCCAGUACCAUUAGAUAUAGAGGUAAAAUUGACACCCCCAGUUGAAAUAUCAGGUACCGCAGGAGUUCGUGUCACCUGGAAACCUCCCAACUUUGAACUUCCAUUGAACGACAAUUAUUUAAGACAGAUUAAAAAUCAUGCUCAAAUCGACUAUAGAAUAGAAGCUCGUACAACCUUGAGUGACUUAGCGCCUUGGAGACAGAUUGGUAUUGUAUCUGGAUUAUUAGGUAGUAUAGAUGACCAUAAAGCUGAACCCGGUUCACAACUUAUUUAUCGAAUAACACCUAUUAACCAAUUUGGUGAAGGUCCAAGUUCAAGUUCUUAUCCAAUCAAACUUCCACUUUUGUUAACAACUUUAGAAAGAUGUAUUGAAGAUUUUCGUUUUCUAAUACUUGGAUCAAAUACAAUUCAGUUGCGUUGGCGUUUAGGUGAUACAGUGAUUGAUGCAUUAGGAUUUCGGAGAAAUCCAAAUCAGUCAUACAAUAUGACAAGUCAUUUAGAUACAGAUGAAUCAGCUGAAAUAUGUGACCGUGUAAAAUUUUCAAUUGAAAGACGAGAUGGUUAUGCUGGUGAUUGGUAUCCUAUUAGAGAACAAAUCAAUGGAAAUCUUCAUAACAAAAUUAUACUAUCAAAUUUUGAAUAUUUAGAUAAAGAAAUUGCUUGUAGAAUAAUUGCAAAUGUGGAUGGUCAACAAACUAAACCUAGUCGACCUAUCAAUAUUAGUAUUAAGACAGACUUCUUAGUUCCAGAUUUCUCAGCUUUUAAACCACAUUUCAACGUUACAUCAGUUGAGGAAUAUUUGAUAUCAUGGGACGAUCCUGAUAUACAAUCAUUGUAUACAAGUCAUAUUUUGAAUUUAUCAAUACCACAAGUGUUACAAAAAGAUACUACUUAUGCAAUUCAAAUUCAACAUGAAGGUUCAAUUGAAUGGACAACAAUAGCUUCUAAUCUAGAUACAAACCAAUGGACAUGGAUCCAACCAAAUCCAUUGAUUGGUUAUCAUGUUCGUAUUCUACCGUCGAAUCAAUUCGGUUUUGGACAUCCAACUAGAAAUGUGUUAAUACCACCACAAGUUAUUAUCCCUGAUCUAACAUUUAUGCGACCAUCUGUUGAGUCACCGUCAGAUAUUUUAAUUGGUAGAGUUGCGCCAGAACUUGUAUGGCAAAUACCAAAAUCGUAUACUUUAGACAGGACAUUUACUCCAUACACAUUUGAAGUACAAAUUAAAGCUGUAGAGAAGUCAAUAAAUCGUGAAACUAAUGAUGUGGGCAAGAACUCUGAAAAAUCUAAAAGCACAAACAAUGAAAACAUAUGGAGAGUUCUUGCAUCUGGUUUAAAACGAAACCGUUUAUCAUUGGAGCAUUUAAAUCCCGAACAAGAAUAUUGGUUACGUAUAGUUGCUGUUACCGAAUAUGGUCGUGGUACACCAAGUCAACCUGUACGAAAAAUGGCUGAUUUAACUGCAAAACAUAGCCGAUGUGCAUCAGCAUCCGUUGGAGUGAUACAUGAGCCUACACCUACUUCACCAUCAUUUACUGAACCAGAAACAAAUGUGAUUUAUGCACCAAUUUAUGGUCAACUAGAAUUAAAAUGUACAUUUAGUCCUGUUAAUGCUGAAAAUGAAACACGUUUCAAUUGGUAUUUUGAUGGUAAAUUGUUAGAUACAAAUGUAAAUACUAUUUAUCCAACUUUAAAUCAGAAAUUCUAUAAUACAGUAUCCAAGUCUGGAGAUACAGCUGUAUUACACUUGAAUGGGUUAAGUGAAAAUGAUUUUGGUUCAUACAUCUGUAAAGCAGUGCAUAUAUUGGGUACUAGUGAAAAAGAAUUUAUUGUAAAGAUGGCAGAUGCUCCUGUAUUUUUAGAAGUUCCUACUCCAUUGUUGACUGUGAAGUUACAUUCACGUUUUGAAUUGCCUUGUUACAUUGAUGCGUUACCACCUCCAACGAUAAUUUGGACUAGAGAUUCAAAAAGAAUUGUUGAAUCACAUCGUACAAAAAUUGGUAAAGCUGAAAAACAAUCAAUCAAUAAAACGCCUCGUAUGUCAAACUGUGAAUUUAGUACAGAUGCAACGUUAUCAGUAGAAAAAUGUAUUUAUCAAGAUUCAGGCUUACUUGUCGGUUGGCCUCCUUUUAUUGAUUAUGAGACAGGUAGUAUUCUAACUGACAAUAUAUUACAAGCUAUUAUUCCAUUCGAUGUACCAGAAUUGGAAAAUAUUUCAAAUGAAGGCAAAGAUUUUAUUUCACAACUUUUACAAGCUGACCCUACAAAAAGACCUUCAGCUAAAGAAUGUUUAUCUCAUCCAUGGAUUCAAAUAUUUUCACAUUCUGAAAAUAAAUCAGAAUAUAUACUAAAAAAAUUGAAGAAAUAUAAAGAGUUCUAUAAUUCAAUACAACCAGUCUACAUUAUCAGUGAUGAGAAAAAUUAUAAUUCUGAUUUGAAAAAUCAUUUAGCUUCUAUGAUAAGGCAGCCAACUCCAAGUGAAGAUACAGAAAGUGUACUUUCUUCGCGAUCAUCAUCAAUUCUUGGUUUACGAGAAAGUUCCGAGCCAUACAGUGAAUCUCAAUCACAACUGCUUGAUCGAUAUGAGGCACAUGAUUUUAUUGAUGAAAGAUUUAUAAUUCCACCAAACACCAAUAUUCCUACUGCAGACGACGCGUCGGAAAUAAUUGAGCAGAAAUUCAAUUUACAAAGACAAAAUACUCUUACAGAAGCUACUUCCUUAGAAGAAUCAACUUAUACAUUAAUAAAAGAACAAGAAAAAUCAUCAGUGAAUCCUGAUCAAGAAAAUCAACCCACUUCAGUAAAACGUAAUGAGAUUGGAAAUAAAUUUAGUGCUCCAGUGUUUGCUAGUCUACUUCGAGAUGCAUAUUUCAGCGUCCAUACAAGAGAAGUGAGAUUUACUUGUCAACUUGCUAGUGCUCCCUACCUUCCAGAGGGUAUUAGUGAUUAUGAAGAAAUUAUCAAUGAAAUAUAUCCAACCGGCUUGAAUUUUAAUAAAAUCACUAGUUCUUCGGCUGCUGCCGCAUGGUACUUAGAUGGUUGUUUACUCUCCGAUGGCCCAGGUGUUAGUUUAGGUGUAGAACAAGGAGGAUGGUUAUGGCUUUGUUUAAGUGAUCUUCGUCCGGAACAAGAUCGCAGUGUUAUUGAAUGCGUGGUAAGAAAUCGUGCUGGAAAAUCAAGAACAAAAGCACGACUUUUAUUUAGUGAUAUGCCGAAACCCCCUGGUCGACCAGGUCUUAUCGAUAUUCGUCCUACAGAAGCAUUGAUUAGUUGGCUAUCUUCAACAUCAGAUUCGAAUGAAGAUCUGAUUUAUCGCCUUGAUAUCAAAUAUUCAGAACGUGAUAAUGAACCACCUUCAUGGCAUCGACUUGGGUUCACCGUAGAUUGUCGUUAUCUUAUUAAUAAUCUUAAACCUGGUGUAUAUUAUCGUGUCCGUGUAUCCGCCAGAAAUUCAUUCGGUUGGGGCAAUUACAGCAUUGCAUCUUCUGAUUUCCGUACUCCUAUUGUUUCUAUGGAUCAGUCACCAACUAUUCUAUCGCCCAAUGAACGAACAUGGAUCUUCAACUGGCGUCAAUCAGCAAAUAUCUACGCAUUAAGCGACCAUCCAAUAGCUUUACAAUAUGCAAUUGAUCAGCCAAUCAGUGUACCUCCACCACCAGACAAAAUUUUACAGAAACUCAAUCGAUAUAAUGGGAUAAUUCCAAGUUUAGAUGUAUUGAAAUCCAUAUGUAGACCAAUUUGUUUGAUAAAUAAAGGAACAUAUACAAAACUUAUUCUUGGAAAAACUCAUCCAAUGCUAAGUGAAGGAGUGAAUUUCAAUAAUGUUCGACAUCAAAGCAUAUCUCUCCCACCUAGAUUACUAAGCAAAAUCACAUAUCUUAACUUAGAAGAUAAUAAUCUAUUGAAAAAAGCCCGUCGUGAAGCAUUAAUGCUUACUAUUCUUCAUGGAUCUUGUGGUGGAACAUAUUCUUCAUUUGAAGAUUUUUAUAGUGAACAACAUAACUCAUAUCUUUAUACUAAUCAACGACAACUAUUACCAUCUGGUUGGUCAACUGGUUGGUUAGAAGAUGAUGCAGUUAAACCGACACGAAGUAUAUCAGUAAUGCAAUGGAUUCCUGGUGGACGUCUUAUUGACGUUUUGUGCGGUCGAGUAGAAUAUACUGAAUUUUCUGUUAUGAUGUGGAGUCAACAAAUUCUUUCAGCGUUAAAAUGGUUCUACGCAUGCUUUUUAGGACAACCACAUGGAAAUAUUUGUCCGGAACAUAUACUUGUUGCACGACGGACAUCUUCGCUCCCAGAUAUUGUAUUGACUGGGUUCGGUCAUGAAUCUGUUUUAGAUGAAACCAACAACUACUUUUCAGCUCCCGAGUUAUGCAAGAAUCAGUCGAAAUCAAUGGCUUCAGAUUUGUGGAGUGUGGGAGCUGUCAUGAGACUAUUACUAACAGGUGAAAAUCCAAAUGAAAUUGAUGUUCAAAGAAAAAAUUCGACAUCUGAUGAAUCAAUAAAACAGCAAUAUGAUAAAACCAAGAUUAAACAAUCUAAUGAAUUGUCAUCUACAAUUAAUUCUGAAAAUACUUUACGAAAUCAUUUAAAUAUUAAAAAAUUGAAAAGGUUUUCCAAACCUGCAAGAAAAUUUAUAUACAAUUGUCUUAAUCCUUCACCAAGGAAACGUGGAACAGUUGAUUUUUGGCUUAAUUCUCAUUGGUUCAAUUUCAAUGCUGACAAUGUGAACAAUUUAACUUCAGUGAUCAUUCCCACAAAUUUACUAAGAUCAUGCAAACUUGUUCUAGAUCAAAAAACAAAUGUUGACGAAACAGAAGAACUACAGUUUCCUUGA